AUAGAAAUGUUUUGAUGAUUUGGCGAUCGGUUGAUAGGAUCUGAAGAGUUGGUUAUCAUUUGAUUUGAGCGCAACUCACGUAACCAUUAAUUAUCUGCAAUGUUGGACAACGUGCUGUCUCUGUCUUCAUACCAGCCACUGAUCCCACCGACAAUUUACCCCCAUUUGAGUCUAUUGUCGCUCAUAAUUGGGGUCUUCUUCAUGCCACUGAUCCCACCGACAAUUUACCCCCAUUUGAGUCUAUUGUCGCUCAUAAUUGGGGUCUUCUUCAUGGCCUGGUUCUUCACUCUGGAAGUGACCUCAAAGUCGUCAUCGAAUAUAGUGAAAGAGUUGACGACAUCACUGAUCGGAUCCGCUUUCAUCGGCUUCGGGACUGUAUUUCUGUUGCUUUCCGUCGGGAUCUAUGUCUGAAUUAGUGAUGGCUUUCAUAAACACAUUGUCUGAAUGUCUCAACAUUUGGUUUAUAAUUACAA